AUGUCUGAUCUCAAAGCUACCGUUGCAGAAACCCAAGCCUCGUCAGGUCACUUGGGUUUCCACGUUGAGGGCUAUGAGAAGAUUGAAUAUGAUUUCACAUUCAUUGAUGGUAUUUUCGAUGUCAAGAAUACCAAUCUUGCAGAUUGCUACAAGAAAUGGGGGAGAUGUCUUGCAGUGACUGAUCUCAACAUUCAUAAUCUCUAUGGUCCGAGAAUGGAGGCCUAUUUCGAGCAUCAUAGGAUUGAACUCAAGGUUCAUACUACCAAGAUUGGGGAGAAGGCAAAGACGAUGCCGACGCUGUUGAGUAUUGUCGACUCGAUGAAUGCAUUUGGGAUCUAUCGCAAAGAGCCUGUUUUAGUCGUUGGCGGUGGACUUGUAACGGAUGUUGCAGGUUUUGCAUGUGCUGCAUAUCGACGAAACACAAACUUCAUUAGAAUCCCUACCACGGUCAUCGGACUGAUCGAUGCGUCAGUCUCAAUCAAAGUAGCUGUCAAUUACGGCGAGACCAAGAACCGACUAGGUGCUUACCAUGCCCCGAUCCACACGUUCCUCGAUUUCACAUUCCUGCGAACUUUGCCUAAGGCUCAAAUCCGAAACGGGUUUGCAGAGCUGAUCAAGAUUUCAUCCUGUGCUCACCUGGAUACCUUCAACCUCCUUGAUAAAUACUGCGAGCAGCUUAUCGACAAGUCCUUUGGACGUGGGGACGGAUCUUCCCAGGAGUUGAUCGACGCAGCAGACCAAAUCAACAGGGAAGGCAUCCACGAGAUGCUUAAGCUCGAGACGCCUAAUCUACAUGAGAUCGGUCUCGACCGCGUUAUAGCGUAUGGACAUACCUGGUCGCCUAUCCAUGAACUGGUCCCGGAAACACCUCUUCGUCACGGCCACGCCAUAUCCAUCGACAUGGCCUACUCGGCUACACUAGCUAACAACCGCAAGCUCAUUUCAGACGAAGAGCACCACCGAAUCCUUAAGCUGUUCUCUCGAGCCGGGCUGUCCAUGGAUCACGACCAGUUUGAUGAAGUUAUCCUUGCUAAGGCUACAGCUGCCAUUUUAAAGACUAGAGAUGGACUUCUCCGCGCUGCUGUUCCAAGCCCUAUCGGUUCCUGUGUGUUCCUCAACGAUGUCUCAGGAGAUGAGAUGAACAAGGCAUUACGCAGACACAAGGAGAUUAUGAAGCAGUUUCCAAGGAACGGAGAAGGUCUCGAUGCUUACGUUGAUGCUUCUGAUACUGGGUACACUGAAAAUGCCAAGUCAGAGGAGGAAAAACUGGUUGAGAAGGCGGCUGGAAAGGCUGGGAAUACGAAUGGUAAUGCCAUGAUUGGGAAAAGCAAUGGGCAUAGUGUCAACGGGAACGGUGUAAAUGGAAAAGGAGUUAACGGCAACGCGACCAAUGGUAAUUCGAGAAAGGAAAGUCAUGGGAAUGCCCACCUCCUAAAGCAAGGGAAGAAGGUGGUAGCAGGAGCAUGA